AUGAAGCGUGGGCAUGAGAUUGGCGACAGCCACGAGCAGUUAAAGCGCUCACGCCGCUCUCGCUGGGGCCAAGACGACGAUAAUAAGGGUGAAGAUACGUCAACGUCAAGGCGUCAGAAUAUUGUGAAUCCGAAAUCUUUGAAUGAUAUUGUGAAGCGGUUAUCUAGCGUCGUGAAGGAAAAGACGGUGCCAGAGGAACUACAGGCCGCAGUAACGCGCCCUCUUGUUGGUGCUAGUGGCCAAUUAGACGCACAGGCUGCCAGGGCAAGAGCACUGGCUCAGGCCAGUCUACUGUCACUGAAUCUAUCGGGGACCAAGGUUUCACCCAAUGACCUGGCGAGACGGUUGUACAUUGGCAACUUGUACUACGACCUAAAGGAGGAAGACAUCCGCAACGCAUUCGCGCCAUUCGGAGCAAUACAUUCAAUUGACCUGUCGCUGGAGCCCGGUGCGUCGCGCUCCAAGGGGUUUUGCUUUUUGGAGUAUGAAGAUGUUUUGGCAGCUGAAAGUGCUGUGCAAGUGCUUAACGGAACACCAUUGGCUAACCGAAGUAUGCGAGUUGGUCGACCGCAUCGAGGAAAUUCAAACCCGAAUGAUUCGCUUUCAAUUGGACAAGAGGCGAUCAAAAACGUACCGACAAAGUGCGUCUACAUUGCCAACGUUCGUGUGGAGCUUCACAGUCAGCAUUUGGAGAGCAUCUUCUCCCCUUUUGGUGCUAUUCGUGCGUGUGUCAUGGCGGCGAUCUCGCCUUUGGAACCUAGAGUGCAUCGCGAAUAUGGUUUCAUGGAGUUUGAAGAGGAGAGCUGUGCACUGAGCGCAAUUCAGCAUAUGAACGGUUUUGAGCUGGCUGGUCAGCCGCUCAAAGUGGGCAAGGCGAGCGAAGCAGCUAUGCUGAUUAAUCUUGCCAUCAGCCAGGACAAGGUAGUGCGCGACGGCCCAGGCAACACUGUGGGUGAGGCUAACGGAGUAGCCAAACCGAAAGAAAAAACCGUUUUUGCUGAAGACGACGUCGAAGGAGUGCAGGAUGUCGCAGAUGGCGACAGCAAGUGCUGCCUCUGUUUAGUAAACCUUGUAAGCUGCGGUGAAGUGGACGAUGAGAUCGAAGAUGAGGUGCGUGGCGAAUGUGGCAAGUUCGGUUUCGUUAAGAAAGUGGAAAUCCACGAAAUGGCAGACCACGUGCGCGUGUUUGUGGUGUUUGGCGAUGCAGCUGGAGCUUCAAAAGCCAAGCAGGCGUUGCACGGCCGUUUUUUUGGUGGUAAUCAGGUGCAGGUGCACUAUUAUCCUCUGUGCGAGUUGGAGCAGCAGCGUUACACGAGUAGAUUUUUGUAA